AUGGCAGCUCAUACGACGGAGAAAGCUUCAGGAAAGUUAGGUGAGGUUCAAACUCUGUUUGUGCAAAACAUUCCUCCUAGAUAUCAUUGGAGUGGACUGAGGCAAUUAUUCGGUAGGCAUGGAGAUGUUGUUAGUUCUUACAUAGGUAGGAAGAAUGACAGAACGGGGAAACGAUUUGAUUUUGUUAGAUUCUCAAAAAAAGAAGAUAUAGAGAGAGCAAUACAAAGACUUAAUGGAUUUUGGCAGUUCGGAUAUCGACUUUCAGUGAAGGAAGCAAGGUAUAAAGCAAAGAAUCCAAGAGAGGACUUGAAUAGUCCUUCAAAUUCCAAUACAACCACAAGGGUACCUAACGAUAAAAACAUUAUAGAAGAAGGUUCUAAGACACAGACAAGAAGGAGGAGUAGUUCUAUACAGGGGGUUAUUGAUGAUGAGGUCGUUCGAAAGUUGUAG